UCCCUGGAGAGGCUCUCUUGGUUCCACCCACCGGCUGGAAGGAGGGGAAGUGAAUGAAAGGACAGGACAAGCCCCGAACACCAUGUCACUCUGGGAGGGAGACAGCAGCAACUAAGCUGUGCAAGGUUUUUUUUUUUUUUCCUUUUUUUUUCUUUUUCCCCUUUCUUUUUCUUUCUUUCUUUUUUUUUUCCUUGUUUCUUUCCCUUCUUUCUCUUUCUUGUUUUUGUUUCCUUCUUUUUCUUUAAGGUGGGGGAAGAGACAAACAGGAGACAGGAAGCAGAUCUUGAAGAAUUCGGAGUUGUGCUAAAAGGACUUUGAUUUUUUUUUUUUCCCUCUUACAAACGCUGGCAAUUGACAUCACUACAGCUUGGUUAGAGAGGAAACUGCCUCAUCCCAAGUGGAGCCCGGCAGCUCGGAGAAGCCAGGCAAGAUCCGGGAGGCUGUGUGUGCCUUUUUUUUUUUUUUUCCUACAGAUUCCACUCCCCACCUUUUCUUUGGUUGGUUUUUUUUAUUUUUAUUUUAUUUUUUUUAAUUUUUGGGGUGUGUGUGUUUUUGUUGUUGCUGCUGUUUUUUUCAAAUUCUUGCUGUGUCGGAACUAGCGAGCAGUGGAGUCUCCGAAGCCUCCCCAGUCAUCCGGACUGUCAGGAAUAGUGGUUUGAGAGGAAGCUCGCUCGGCCUGGGGCACUAGACCCUGUCAUCCAGUUCCCUGCCUCGGAGACUAAGAUUCCAGCUACAUGGGCAAACGCCUGGAUCAGCCACAAAUGUACCCCCAGUACACUUACUUCUACCCUCAUUAUCUCCAAACCAAGCAGUCCUAUGCACCAGCUCCCCACCCCAUGGCUCCUCCCAGCCCCAGCACAAACAGUAGCAGCAACAACAGCAGCAACACCAGCAGCGGGGAACAGUUGAGUAAAACCAACCUGUACAUUCGAGGCCUUCCACCAGGCACCACUGACCAGGACCUGAUCAAGCUGUGCCAACCGUAUGGAAAAAUUGUAUCCACAAAGGCAAUUCUUGACAAAAACACCAAUCAGUGCAAAGGUUAUGGCUUUGUAGAUUUUGACAGUCCUGCAGCUGCACAGAAGGCAGUGGCGUCUCUCAAGGCUAACGGUGUGCAGGCACAGAUGGCCAAGCAACAAGAGCAAGAUCCAACAAACCUAUACAUCUCAAAUCUCCCCAUUUCUAUGGAUGAGCAGGAACUGGAGAAUAUGCUGAAACCCUUUGGACACGUCAUCUCUACAAGAAUACUAAGGGAUGCCAAUGGAGUCAGCCGAGGUGUUGGUUUUGCCAGAAUGGAGUCUACUGAAAAAUGUGAAGUGGUAAUUCAACAUUUUAAUGGGAAAUACCUGAAAACACCGCCAGGCAUCCCAGCCCCCAGUGAGCCUUUACUGUGCAAAUUCGCAGAUGGAGGACAAAAGAAGCGCCAGAAUCAAGGCAAAUAUACCCAGAAUGGGAGGCCGUGGCCCAGGGAAGGGGAGGCUGGCAUGGCUCUGACUUAUGACCCCACAGCUGCCAUACAGAAUGGAUUUUAUUCUUCACCGUACAGUAUUGCAACCAACCGCAUGAUUCCUCAGACAUCUAUCACGCCAUUCAUUGCUGCUUCCCCUGUCUCCACAUACCAGGUCCAGAGUACUUCAUGGAUGCCUCAUCCGCCAUACGUUAUGCAACCAACAGGUGCUGUGAUUACACCAACAAUGGACCAUCCUAUGUCAAUGCAGCCAGCAAACAUGAUGGGUCCCCUGACACAACAGAUGAAUCACCUGUCAUUGGGCACAACAGGAACGAUUCAAUCCCAAGACAGGAUUAUGAUACUCCACCAGCUGUUGUGUCAGUAUAUGACUGCGGCCGCUCCUAUGCAAGGGACCUACAUUCCCCAGUACACGCCUGUGCCUCCGACAGCUGUUUCUAUCGAAGGUGUUGUUGCUGAUACCUCUCCCCAGACAGUGGCUCCUUCAUCCCAGGACACCAGUGGUCAGCAGCAACAGAUAGCAGUGGACACAUCCAACGAACACGCACCUGCAUACUCUUACCAACAGUCUAAACCAUAAACGGAAUUGAAGAAUGUCCAUCAAAACUUUGCCUUGAAUGAAGAAACUUCAUUGAACAAGAAGUUGGCUUCCAGUUUGCACAGGCGUCAAAGAAGGCUUUUUGUGUGUUUUUUUUUUUAUAUACUUUACUUAAUGACAACAAAGUUUUUAUGUGCUGUGCAAAUGGUUCCUUCAUGUGGUCUUACAGUUUAUUUUUGCAAUGUUAUUUUUUUUAAUUAAAAGAAAAAAAUUCCCAGAAGAGGGAAAAAAAUCAACAAAACAAAACAUUGACGUGUUAUCCAGAAGAAUAUUUGAAUUCAGAAUUUACCUGAAGGUGUAGAUAGAUUUUUUUUUUAAACAAGAAACCUGAUGUCAAGAGGUAGGCAAACACAAAUGAAAACGAGUUGUCUUCCUCAGUAAUUAAGCUACUCUGUCUCUCUUCUCUUUUCUUGUUUAAACCUGGUGGGUUUUGUUUUUUAUUAUUUUAUUUUUUUCUUAGAAAUAUUUAGGUAAGGUUUAUCUUGAAUCUUAAUUGCCUUAAUUUUAAGGACGUCAAAGGCUCUCAAGGCAAGCUGUCAACGUCUUGUUAAAAAUAAAUCAAGAAAGAAUUGAAAUAUUGUGCCAGCUUUAACUGGUACGGAAGUUUAAGACUAUGAGUUUUUAGGGUGAAAAAAACUGUACAGUUUAAAAGAAAAUGUUUUUCUUCAUUUGAAGAAAAUUUGUUGAUAAAAGAAACCAUGGCAACUGCAAGAAUUGGGAAAAUGCUGGGACUUUUCAUGAACUUUGUCUUAAGUGUUGACACGAAUCAUUCUAGAAGGCUAAAACAUUUUAUGAUAAAGUUAUUAAUGUUGGUUUAAAAACAACUGCAUUAGAAAUAAUGCGUGUUUGGGGGGCAGAAUGCAGAUUUUUUUUAUUUACAAAGCGUGAUCGCUAGCAAAAGCAUUAGUGCUUUUUAUCUGCAGUCUUUUUUAUGAGCUUUACAAAGUUUUUAGUCAGCUUUGCUUGUCACAUUGCAAAACCUAGCUUAAGAGCAUUAAAAAAAAAACUUAAGUAGAUAGGAGCUUAUGGUCAAAAAGUGCAAAAAAAAAAAAAAAACAAAAACAAAAACAAAAAAAGCAAUAGAUAGAGAAAUUGUUGACAAUUUCUGUAGUCUUUCCUAGUUGUGAUCAAAUUCAGCCUAUGGAUGGCCUAUUUUAUACCAAAGAUGAAGUGACACCCUAUUACAGUCCAGAAGAUAGAGGUUGUUUAUCUUUUCUUUCCUUUUUUAAAAUUUUAUUUGACCUACAUGGCCGGACCAGUUUUUCGUUGUUUGUUUAAACUACCUUCCACUGGUGUUUUACAUACUGCAAAAAAAAAAAAAAGAGCUUUGUUUUCUUUUAAUGUGUGUUCAUUGAUAGUAGAAGCUCGCACCUGCUGCAUUCAGCAGUACCAGCAUGAAGAAUUCUGGAUACAAACGGAUAUCAAGCGGCUUAAAGUUCCAUGAGCUUUUCUGGUUCCUUGCUGGAAACCUGUAUUGAUGGCCACCAAUAAGCCAAGACACUUUAACAGGUUGAAAUUUCUUUAUGCGAAUUUUGAACUAAAGCUAAUUCUUGAUCCUGGUCUUAAAGGUCACUUGUCAGAAAUGCUUUGUGAUGUUCUGUGCAAUGGUGGGUGGUCUCCUGAAAAGAUCUCAUAGUAUUUGGAACAAUUGUCUUCCUCCUAAACUCUGAAUCCCCUUGGUUUUGUCAUGUUCUCCCCUCAGUCUUUGUCAUUAUCCACUAUGCAUAGCCACCUUGAUUCCACAGCUGGGGAGGGAUACCUUCCUUUUGCCUCUAUUCAUGGCGUGUUCCCAUCUUGAUGUUACCAGGAGAAAAAGGCAAAAUAGAACUUUUUUCUUUUAGUUUAACUCUCUGAGGCAAGUAGGACCAAUCAAAUUGAGGAUUGUAUGAGUAGAAGUUAGGGAAGCUCUUAAAAUGCUAGUUGACAAUCAAGCAGUUGUAUGAUUCAUAUCAGAGAACCAAAAGAAUUAGGUUUGACCAAUCCUUAAAGCCAAAGGAGAUAUGUUUGCAUUUAGAAUGAUGCAGAACUUUAUCUAAAAAUGAUUUGACUUACUUAGAAAACAUCUCUACAUUUUUGAUUCCUUAAUAUGUACAGUUUUACCUAAAAUUAAGGACAAUGGAACACAACUUUGCUAAUUGAACGACUCACUAGAAUGGCAUUGUGAAUGAGUCAUUUGAAUCCAAUAGGUGAAACUCUUUUACAAACUAGAUAACUCACAGAAAUGUUCCUUAGCCCGUAAGGACGAGAGAAAUGCAUUUAUGGCAAUGUAAAACCGGGUAAAUGUUUAAAAAUUAAACAAUUUAAAAGGUAAACUGUAUCCCCAUUGGGCAUAGAAGUUGAUUCAUAUGAAAUUGCCAGUGUUCUAGUAUUGAAAUAGACUCUGGUUCUCUUAUUUGCAACCCCAUGAAUUGUAAGCUCCAAUCUAGAGAGUGACUCCAUGUCUUAGCAAUCAACGAAGCAAAAGUGUAACAAAGAAAAUGUGAUAGAUGCUACACAGAAAUUUACAUGGCCACACCCAUCCUGUUGGUUUUCUGUGCUGUAGAGAGAAUCCUAGAUUUAUACUUUUCUUCUGUUUCAUCUUCCAGCUGCCCAUGUAAUGUAAGUGUGGCAUUAAUGUUUUAUCUUUGAAAGGAGGGGGCUCAAGUUACACAGGGUAUAAGAAUACAUGUAUGAGAACCAUGUUUUGUUUCUUUUUUUCACUUUCUAAACUCUUUGUAUAAAUAAUUAUCCUGGGCAUAUUUCAUUUGAAUAUGAAAGCAACGUGCUUUCUUUUGUUUCUGUAAAAACAGAAAACAAAAUCCUAAAAACCUACAUAUAUAUUAGUGUGAUACAAAGAAAGCCUCAUUUACACAAUCCACAAUGAGGCUAAGAGGUAGCUACCAUGUGGCUGAUGAAUGUGCCUAGGUAACUUCCUGUUUCUAUUCAAAGCAGAUGAUUUAUUUAUACAUUCAGAAACAUUUUUUUCAACUAUGAAAUUUCAAUAAUCUCAAUUUUUUUAAGUCACUUAAGGUAGAAGGAAAUGACUACCUGUCACUGUAUGUCUCUAUGUGUGUUUUGUGUUUGGGUAGUUUGUGUCAUACCAUUUUAUAAAAUAUAUUAUUUCAAAUGAAAAAGAAAAAAGGCGGGGAGGAAAAUUGCACAUAAUCCCAUUUGCCCGCUUUAUCUAUUAUUUUACCUAAGAAAUGUUUUCAAGAGUCAAGUCUGGGGGACAAUGCAAGAAUCAACAGGUGAGCAGCAUCACGUUGUAUGAAGAAUGGGAGAAACCAAUGACUGUUCAACACAUGCGAUGUCAGAGUACUAAUUUGACCAAUGUGUUAUGAUGAUAUUAUCCUAUUGAGAGCUAUAGUCAUCUUCUAAUCUCAAGUUAAUUUUCCAUUUAUUCUGAUAUAUGCAGUUUUCAAGCAUUUAUUUGGAUAUAUAAUUUUCUUCUUUUGACUUUAAUUUAGCCUAAAUAUCAGGAAACAAACUAAAGCCGCAACCCAACUGAAAUCAAUACCAUCUCUUCCAAACCCUAGUUACCUGGUCAUUGGAAGAGUAGACUUUCAGUUAAUAAUUAUAAGCUAUUUUUGGGAGAAGGUCCCCCAAUUAUAGCAUGUCUUUCAAAGGCCAUAUAAAGCAUCCUCAGUGAACUAAAGGCAACAGUAGCAGGUGCUGGUUAUAAUUUGUCCUACAGGUCUUGAAUAUUGCAGGUGAUUGGAUAUUCUUAAAAAAAAAAAAAAAUUCUCUACCUGACUCCAGUUUGGCCAGGAUUAGUUUGUUUCCUUGGUAUGUUGCAACAGUUCAGAAUAUUGUCUCCAUAUUUCCCUGAAUUAAUUAUUCUUGGGACAUGAGCAGAUCUGCCAUACUUGCAGCGUGUGUCACUUCCAUCCCUGUCUAGUGAAAAACCAUGUUGUGUAAAGAGUGCUCCCCUAGAGAAAGAAGACUGAGUGCUCAAGGGUGAAUGGCGCAGGCAUUAUUUCACUACGAUUACAAAACGUGUCAUUGACCGCAUUGCAGAAUGGCUUUGAAUUGACUUUUAUCUCAUUUAUGACCAGAAGUUCUCCAAAAAUAUUUUAUUUGGGUAGUGGAAUGUCUAUUACCUACCUGCGUAUCUUUCACAGUGGCCUGCAAUCCCCAUUAAGGAAAAGUGAAAUUUGAUUUAAAUAGGACCCUUGCAGGCUUCCUCAUACUGGAAAAGUAUCAAUGGACUGUCUAGACAGAUUAUGAUGUUAAUAAGAGGCUAAAAAUACAUUUGACAAUCCAGUCUCACUCUUAAGUUGAAAACAUGAACCAUACUACAAGAUAAGCAGAGAAAAAUUCUGAAGUGGUUUUCAGUUAUAAAUGUUUUUAUAUGAAUUCAAAUCAAGUGAAGGAACAAUAUGUAUGUGCGUGUAUAACAACAUCCAGCACAUUCGAGGAGUCUUACAUUGUAAUAAAGUUUUAAACCUGGUAUAGGAGCCCGAGCUUUAUUGUUUUGUCCACAGUAGGCAGUGAAGAUGAGAUUUUGUUUUCCAUGUUAUUGCAGCGGGCUUGCUUCAAAAUUUUGAGCUCCUGGAACUGACAACCUCUCACUUCCAUCGGAGGGACUGAUGGAAUUUACACGAGCUCAUUGAUUCUGUGCACUGUACUUUUCCUGUGAGUGGUAAUGGAAUUUCAUCAAUGAAUCAAUUCAUUUUACAAAUGACAUCCAUUUUGGUAUUUGGAGACAGUGGAGUCUGAUGCAAGUUUAACAUUUCUUACCAAAUAGUCUUAAAUAUGAAAUCGGUCCCUUAAUCCAAAUGCUCUUGGUGAUGGCUGUCCUUUGUGGAUUCUGUAGAGUUCAGGAAAGUACAAAGGUUCAAAGCUAAACCUCCAAGUGGCUCAAGCGUUUUAUCAUGUGUACUUACCCCAGGUCAAUGAUUUCUCUUAUACUUGCUUUUAUAUCCCAACACACAGAUGCUCAAUGUCUCACAAAUGUGGAUGGGUGGCUUACUGAUACCCAUUUUUGUUUGCACUUGAGAUGGAAAAUAAUGUAUCAAGAAAAGUUUUCUUCUAGUCAGGAAGGUUUGAAUUUGAAGCCAAGGUGGGAUAAAGCUUGGAGUCUGAGUGAAAUAUCACUAAGCCACUGACUCACCUUUGAGCUUUUCUGAAUAUUCUGAGUUGUGUAAAAAUACAACCACUCUCAUUUUUUGAAGGGCUACUUGAUUGGGUGUGUUUUGUCUUCUCUUUUCAAUCAUUAGGCCUUGGGCUGUUUUCUUUUUAUUUGCAUUUCACCCUGAAGGUAGAAAAAGAAACAAUUGGAAAUAUAAAUUGAAAUCAGUCUAUUUUGUUUCUUGUUUAACAUUGAUUUUUUUUUUUUUUAGGGAGUUUGAAAUCACUGUUAAAUUAUAUGUCUGCACGUCACAUUCUGUGGGCUAUAAUGUCACAUUGGUGGGCUAUAAUGUCCAUUUCCCAUCAACCACAAAUAAUUGAGAGUUGGCUAUAUUGUUGCAGAAUAUAAAAGACAAAACAAAACAAAACAAAACAAAAAAACAAUUGGCUUUAUUUUGGUUUCAUUCACUCUACUGAAUGUAGGGAAGUUGAGCCCAGUUUCUGUUAUGAGAAUAUAAUAACAACUCUUGGUUAGAUGUACACUCUUACCCCUCUCUUAAAGGUUUGACAAGAAAAAAGACAUUGUUUCUGUUAUGUUUUGACUUUGCAUUACUGUAUGAAGGCUGAAUAACUUUGACCCUCCUGUGGAAACGUUGAUGAUAACAUCAAAUUUAAUAACCGUCCAAAGUGUAACUUCAGGGUAAUACUUUGUAUUUUAAACCCUCUGCUCUCUGAGUAUUAAGAAACAUGCCCUGUCCUCUUUCCCCAAGAUGUGAAAAGGAGUUAUUCCAUGCUUUUUAGGAGCUGCAAACAUUGCUUCAAAGAGACAUUUGGAAAUGUAUCCUCCAUUAUGGAAUCAAAUUCUUGCAUUUAUUUUUUAAAAAGAAGAAUGUAAUUGGAAUCUUACCUUCAAAAGAAUAUAUGGGAAGCAUUUGCAAUGAAAUACUCAGUUUCUUUAAAAAAAAAAAACAAAUAAGAAAAGGGACACAGCUUCUUUUAAAACUCUAGUUUCUGGCCAUAUUCAACUUCAUGGGACUUCUAAAACAUCAUUCUAUUUUAAAUUUUAUUUAAGAGCAUUUUUGUACUGCUGUCUCUGAAUGUCAUGGAAUGUUCUGUAAUUCUAUGGUGUUUCUGGUUUCAUUUAAAAUUUUUUUUCAUCUGUAUCACAGUCAAAUUAGAUACCAUUUCCCCAAUUCCUUGGGCUUUCUGUAGAUCAGUGGAUGUUAGGUUUAAAUUUCUGUUUUCUUUGAUGAAGCUUUCAAUAAAAAAUGGAAAUAAAAUCAAUA